AUCUAAUUCAUGUCUAUUAUUGCAUCUCACAAGGUGAAGAGAAAACAAUUGCUAGUUCUUCAUUUUGAAUCCAGUUGAACCUUCAAACUACCUGGAGAAUAAAUGGCAGGAGAGGGGACAGCCCAGAGAUGGGACCACACACAAAUCAGCCUUCAGAAUUUCUCCUACAUGUGGAACAUCAACAACUUCCGGUUUUUUGUGGAGGAAAGGACAGAAAGCAUUAGAAGCCCAACUUUCUCAACAGAAGCCAAUGACAAAUGGUGUUUGACAGUAAACCCGAACGGAUUCGAUGAAGUAAGUGCAGAUUACCUGUCAGUUACCCUAGUUUUGCUCAGCUGUCUAAAGAGUCAUGUUUGGGCAAAGUUCCAGUUCUGGAUCAUAAGCGCCGAAGGAGACAAAACACAAAGUAUGAGGAGCCCAAGAGCCAUUAAGUUCGUGCCAGGCCGUAGCUGUGGAUUCAAAAAGUACAUCCUUCGAGAUUUCCUCUUUUCCAAUGCGCCUCAUCUUCUCCCAGAUGACAAGCUCAGCCUGCUCUGCACUGUGAGUGUCGUCCAGGAAUCCUUUAGAAUCUCUCACCAGAACAGGAAGCCAGGGAUUCAAGUUCCCAGGUGCACAUUGGCAGAUGAGCUAGGAGAGCUGUGGGAGAAUUCUCGCUUUACAGACUGCUCCCUGGUGGUAGCUGGUCAGGAAUUCCGGGCUCACAAGGCCAUCUUAGCAGCUCGCUCUCCAGUUUUCAGAGCCAUGUUUCAACAUGACAUGGAGGAGAGCAGAAAGAACCGUGUUGAGAUCCCUGACCUGGAGCCACAAGUCUUCAAGGCAAUGAUGGGCUUCAUUUACACCGGGAAGGCACCAGACCUGGACAGCAUGGCAGAUGCAGUGUUGGCAGCUGCUGACAAGUAUGGCCUGGAGCGUUUGAAGGUCAUGUGUGAGGAUGCCCUCUGCAGGGACCUCUCUGUGGAGAAUGCUGCCCACACUCUCUUCCUGGCUGACCUCCACAGCUCAGGGCAGCUGAAAACCCAGGCACUGGAUUUCAUUACAGCUCAUGCUUCUGAGGUCUCUGAGACCUCAGGCUGGAAGAAAAUGGUGGGCUCCUAUCCCCAUUUAGUGGCUGAAGCAUACCGUUCCUUGGCUUCUGCUCAUCUCCCUUUCUUGGAGCCCCCUUUCAAACGCUUGAAGCAAUCCUAGGACCUGGUCAGCCUUGUCCUAUACCUGUAACCCAGAAGCAGCAGCCAGUGUUGUUACCAAUGACACCUGGGUAGACUAUGCGAUGUGUGGUGCAUUUCCAGUGGAACUGGGGAAAAACAGCAUGGUGGCUGAGGCUUAAUACAGAUGUAAAGCAAUCAAUGUCAGGUGGAGGGAGGGGGAGCCUUGGACUCUGGUCCAAUCUACCCAGCCUCUAGCCUUUUGUUAUACUGGUUUGGUUUUUGUCCAUGGAGUUAGAAUCUGGAAUUCAUUUUAGUUUCUGGCCCCAAGCACAUUACAACAGGGUUUCUUUUGGGAAACCUAUCUGGAUUGGACUGAGCAGAAGAUAUGGUCAAGGACUCACAAAUGAGAAAA